GACCGUCUUCCUCUCCAAUGGUUCUGCGAUCAACGGUUAAAGUGGUUAAAGUCACGGAGGAGACGUGGUUUUAAAGGUACAGGAAAUGUUUGAUUUCUAGGAACACAGAAACAAGCGAUGCAUGUCGGUUUUCUGGGAGUCGUUUCGCGGUCAUCUUCUGAUCUGUCCGCUCUCGGCCAUUCAUUUCGGAGUAUGUUUCCUGGGACUUCUAGCUGACAGUCACAGGCACGUGGCAGCCAACAUGCUGGAGGUGGGUGCGCGGGUCGAGGUUGCCGGCAAGGAUGUCUGUGGCCGGGUGGCUUACAUGGGCACCACGACCUUCUCCUCGGGCCGUUGGGUGGGUGUGGUGUUGGAUGAGCCCAAGGGCAAGAACAACGGCACGGUCCAGGGCCGCACCUACUUCUCGUGCGCUGACAAUCACGGCAUCUUCGUACGCCAGUCGCAGCUCAAGCUCCUGGAUGAACCUACGGAUGGGACAGAAGCGACAAAGCCCCUAGUCACGACCACCCCGGGCCCUGCGGCGGAGCCUGUGGCAGAGCCCGUGGCCCAGGAGCAGGCCCUAACCUGGCUGCUGGAGCCAAGCCGGGAGGUGGAGGCCCUCCGGGCCCAGGUGCAGGACCUGCAGGAGAAGCUGGACACGAUGAUGCACAAGCGGCAGGAGCUGAAGGCCCAGCUGCGCGACUAUGAGCGCACGCGGCUGCAGGUUCAGCAGCUGCUCGAGUUCAAAGCCAAGAUCGGCGAGUCGCAGGCGGAGCUGCAGAGACAGCUGGCGCAGGCGCGGCGGGAGGCACAAGAAGCACACGAGGAGCGCGAGCGCCAUGCCGAGGAGGUGGUAGACCUGGCGGACACGAUAGAGAUGGCAACGGUCGAGAAGGAGAUGGCGGAAGAGAAGCUGGAGCAGCUCCAGCAGGAAGUGGAUCACUGGAAGGAGAAGUAUGAGAUGCUCGAACUAGACCACAAGAUCUUGACAUCGGAGCUUUCGACGGGCGAGCCCAACAGUUACCGGGAGCGGCAGCUGGAGCAGGAGAACGAAAAGAUGCGGGAGGCGCUGGUGCGUCUGCGUGACCUGACGACGCAGCUGAAGCACGAGAAGCAGCAGCUAAAACGGGAGCUGGACCAGCGCUGCGACGAGGUGGUGGAGCUGACGCGCAUGAAGCAGGCCCUGGAGGAGCGCCAGCAGCAGACAGAAUGCACAGUUGCGGAGCUGCAGGAGCAGCUGGACAUGGCCCUGGGCGCCGAACAGAUGGUGGAGCACCUGACGGAGAAGAACCUGGACCUGGAAGAGGUGCUGCGUGACCUGCGCGAGGAGCUCAACGAUUACGAGAAGCUGCAUGACCUCAACGAGCAGCUGCAGGAGCAGGCACGAGAGACAGAGCUGGAGCUGCGAGAGGAGCUGAGCCAGGCGCAGGUGCGGGCCGCGGACGCCCAGCGACGUGUCGAGGCAGCCCACGAGGCGCUGGCAGACUGCGAGCAGACGGUGGCCAAGUACCGAGCUCUGGUGGCUCAGCUGCGCGAGCAGACGCUGGGGCUGGAGCAGCAGCUGCAGGCGGAGCCUGCCCAGCUCGCUCCCCCGGCCGAAGUGAGUGGCCUGGCGCUGCGGCUGGCCCAAAGCAAGGCGCACACGCGAGCCAUUGACCUCGAGCUGCGCCGCCUGGAAGUGGCUCAGGCCAACCGCCACGUCGAGUACCUCAGUGCCUUUCUGACAGAGGGAUUUCUGGCCCACGAGCACGACGGGGUGCUCAUGGUGCUGCUGGUGUCGCGGGUGGCUGCCAAGUGCGACAUCCUGGCCUCGCAGCUGCAGCAGCGUCACGCCACGCCACCGGGACCCACUUCGGAGACCUCAGAGGCGAUCCAGUUUGCACAUGCUGGCCUCACGCGAUUCCUGCUGUGCCGGCUGCAGGGGCUCUUGCACCAGUACGGCACAGCCUUGGAGACGUGCAGUGUGGAGCUGUUCACCAAGACGGCCACGCUGUACCCGGAGAUGCUGGUCCACGAGAAGUUGGUGGACCUGUACCUGCAACUGCUUCGCAAGGAUGAGCUGGACGAGAACAUCCCGCUGGGGCACCUGGAGCGGGCGCUGAGCUACUUCGAGAGCCUGUAUGCUGUGCACCUGUCGGGGGAGCUGCGGGAUGACGGGCAGCUGCUGGCGGACGGCCUGCGCUGCCUGGGGCUGGCCUGUGAGGCGGUGCAGUGCGCCCUGGGCUGGGUGCGCCGCCUGCUCAGCUCGGACGCGGGGGACCUGGCGGCACUCCUGGACGCUGCCUUGGCCUCGGCGGCGGAAGCACUCCAGGGGACGCGCAAGCUGCGGCGUCGCCUGCCCACGGACGAUGCCCCCGUGGCCUUGUCUGGCCCGGCUCGGGAGCAGCUGGAGGCGAACGUGCGCAGCCUGGGGCAGGUGCUGCAGGCGGCCUGCUCGCUGCAGCGAGCUGUGGCGGCUCGGGCUGAGCAGGACGCACCGUUGCCGGCCGACAAGCUCAAGGAGCUGGCCCACGAGGCAACGGACCGGGUGUACGGCAAGGAGGACCAGGGCCCCGACUGCCUAAGGGAUGCCCUGGCUGGCGUGGCGGCCUCUCUCGACUCCAUAGGGGAUGCCCUCCAGCCCCUAAAGGACGCCCCCCCAAAGCCUCCCGCGCCCCUGCACCUGCGGGCCCAGGCGUCGAGGCAGCAGGCCCGGGACCUCCAGGCACUGCGCGCUAAGCUUGAGGCGCGCGAGGCCGACAUUGUGGCCCUCAAGACGGCCCUCAAAAUCAAGAGCGAAGAGUACAGCGAGAUGCACGUUCGGAAGGACAUGGCAGAAAAGAAGCUGGGCAUGCUGACGCGCGACAGCGACGAUCGGGCUGACAAGGUGCAGCGGCAGCUGGACGAAACAAAGAUGCUGCUCCUCAGGAAAGAAAAAGAAUUUGAAGAAAGCAUGGAUCACCUGCAAGCAGACAUCGAUGCUCUUGAAGCCGAGCGUGGUGAACUGAAGGACAAGUUGAAGGCCUUUUCUAAGAAGACACUCUACAAAGGACUGUCGGAAACUGUUGGCUUACCAGCGAGUGCCAGUUGGCCCCAGCUGCAGGACGUGAAGGCGGCACUGCGGCAGGUGCAGAGGGAGCGCAGCACGCUGGGGCAGGAGCGCCUGGCACGGCUGGUGGGCUCUCUGCGGCCGCUGGGUGGCCGCCGCAAGGAGCAGCAGCGUCAAGUGUGCACCAAAGCGGGCCGUGCCAUCACACAAGCCGUGAGCCUCUGCGUCGAGGCUCGCGUAGUGGACCUCAUCCGGAAGCCGGAGGUGCCCUGGGGGCCCCUGCUGCAAGCGUGCCUCCUCCUCCAAGACUCGAAACAGGAGCUGACUGCCGUUCGUGCAGCCACCGUCGGGCGGGUGGCGUCCCGCUGGCGAGCCUUCCCACACCCUGCCGUGGUGCGCCUACUGCAAGCCUAGCGUGGACCUCUGUCUGCCUUGGAGCUGCCUCUCUCGGUUUGUUUGCAGCCUGUGUUGCACUUGCUUUCUAAGUGCUACAGGAAGAGGACAGUCGGGGAGACUUUCUGCUUUGGAGUGUUGCACCUGCACGUGGCAUCGACCACUUGGUGUAAGCCGCACUCGUUUGAUACAACCCACUGUCAUGUAGCUUCCGGUCUGGUUGACAACUUUCUUUAUUUGGAAUAAAAACUAGGUUGCUGCAA